AUGCCGCAUAGAGAUUCCGUGUUUGAGCGGUUUGUGAAGCUGCAACCUCCUACUUUUCUGGGAGGUACUGACAUAAUUAAAGCUGAGCAAUGGAUGAGUACAAUCACCCGUAUCCUUGAUAAUAUGGGAGUGACGGGAACAGAGAGAGUGAAUUGUGCAGCUUUCAUGUUACAAGAUCAUGCCCGCGUCUGGUGGGAUAUUGUGGGACAGACUCAUGAUGUCAAUGGGAAGAUGUCUGUGGCCGAAUACACUCUAGAGUUUGAUCGGCUGUCCAAGUUUGCUGAGCUAGCCUUAAUUGCUGAGGAGGCUGAGCAUCAGGUAAUAAAGGAGCGGUACGCAAAGGAUGUUGUCACGGCAUCGAACCCCGCCGCUAGUGGGGGUAACAGGAAGUUUUGGGGAAACAGAGGUGGCCGCCAGGGCCGCGGAUCUUCAUUCCGAUCUUAUCCUGAGUGUCCAAAAUGCAAGAAACACCAUCAGGGUGAAUGUCGGGCCAAGACUUGUUUCCAGUGUGGCAUGGUGGGCCACUUCAUCAGAGAUUGUCCUCAGACUAAGAAAGAGGAGCCUAAGAAGAAUGUUACUCAGAACCCGGGACGACUUUUUACCAUGACUCAGGCUGAUGCUGAUGCUAGUCCGUCAGUGGUGACAGGAGCUACCCACUCUUAUGUGUCAAGUAGAGUAAUUGAAAAUUUUGAUAAACCAUGUGAUAUUUAUGCUUCGGGGUUUGGUACCCUUUUACCUUCGGGAGACCUUAUAGUAUCCACUAGGUGGAUUCGGUCCUUGUCCUUCUGGAUUGACGGUUGUGAAUUAACCGCCAAUCUAAUAGAAUUGCAAAUGUCUGAUUUUGAUAUAAUCCUGGGAAUGGAUUUUCUGUCUAAGUAUGGGGCAACGAUUGACUGCAAGCGGAAGAUGGUGGUGUUUGAGCCUGAUAGUGCCAACCCAACAGUGUUUGUGGGUAAAGUUCAGGGGGCACGCAUACCAAGAAUAACACUUUUGAAAGCUAAGGACCUGAGGAGCAGAGGUUGUCCGGGAUUCAUAGUUACCGCAAAGGGAUACCACCAACCCGUGACAUCCGGACCCGAGAGUACAAGAUUGGUAUGCGAGUUUCUUGACGUCUUUCCGAAGAUCUACCGGGAUUGCCACCUACCCGGGAGAUUGAAUUUGUAA